AUUUUGUGAAAAAAUAUUUCUAAAAUAUUAUUUGAACCUGAAUAACUGUCAAAACUUUAAAUUAGGAUCGAUGAAAAUGUGUGAUAAAGAAAGUUUGAAAAAGCUUCUAUCAAACGCGAUUCCGUUGCUAUGUAAGAACGGAUUGCCGAUGCACUCGUCGUUCCGUAUUGACGCCAUGAUCGGAAUCACGAUCGGCAGUGCCGAUGCUUCAACAUUAAUCUGCUUCUCCGAAACCAUAACUCCUAAUUGCGAACCUUCCCUCUUGGAAUACGCCCAACAGAUUGAUUCUGAUGAGUUCUCCAUUUCCCACCACCAUCAUAACAAUUCAAGCUUCAACAUCAAUAGGUGCGUUGACGACGACGAAAGUGAACAGAACUCGUCAGCUGCGUUAAAUAAUAGUAACGAAGAGUGCUUCGUUGAUGUUCCCAUAAAACCAGAGCCUGCUGAUAUUGAAGAAUUAGCGCCACAAAAUCAUUCUUUACCAUUGCAAAGAAAUAAACGUAACAAUGUUAAUUCCAGAAGAUCAAAAUCCUCAAGUGUCAACUACACAACAAAUGAUUACAACAACACUAUAGAGAAUCAGUCCAAUCAACAUUACACCCAAGUAAAGCAAGAGCUGAUAGACAUAGCAGAUGAUGACCAUGUAAAAGAUACAAGUGGAGGGGGUGCAGAUGUUGAGAACAACCAGUCGUACGAUCACCACCUUCAAAAUAAUGAGUACAAUCAAAGCCUGUCAAAUGUUACUGAUUGGAAUGCUUCACAAAAUGAUUGGAACAAUGGAAACACUGAGUUCCAGCAGGAGCAAAUGACUGGCUAUUCCAAUAGGGUUAUAAAGCACAGUGUUAAAAAUAAAAAAUCAAACAAAAGAUUCGAUGGACAGAAAUUGAAUGUUACAGAUGCCAUGACGAUUGAUGCUUCGGCUUUCAUUGACACAACCAACCAGGCAGCUUCGGGUUCGACUGCGGACUACAACAAUCUCAUGCAAGACAUCUGUGAAUUUGUAAUGAGUCAGUCGCAGAAGAUCACAGACAAAUCAAAACCUCAGUCCCGAACUUGCCACAUCUGCCACGCCACACUCAGCAACCCACUCUCUCUUAAGAAUCACAUCCAGGGUACACAUUUGGCAUUGAAAUUGAGGCGAUGUAACUUAUGCGGGGAAACUUUUAAAUGGACGAUGCAAUUGGCCCGACACAAAAAACGUGUGCAUGGGGGUGGGACCUAUUUAAACGUUUAUAACGUUUAAGUUGAUUUAAUGUUUAAACGUUUAUUAUGUUUAAAAUGCGAUUUUGUUUGUUGUUAAGUUGUUACAUAUUCAUAUUUAUAUAUCAGUGCUAAAGUAAAUCUGUUGAAAAAUUGUUAGAGAAGUUGGUCAUUAGUACAGACACGAAAUUUGUUAUAGGUUGAUUGAUAUAAUCCCAUCGAUGUUAGUCAACAAGUCAUAUCUUGUCAUUUAAAAUAAGUUUAUAUUUCAUCUGUUAACAAAUUUUUUAGUUUAUUUAUUGUUUUAAAAUUUUGAAUAAACGAAAACUGUCUGUAUAUUUGCUCCUUGUUUUUUGUUCCUAAUUGGUAUUACUUUCCACAAACAAAGUCAUGCUUAUGUUACUUGUUCGUCAGGCGAGAUUUCAUCAUUGAUUCAUUUAUUUAUAUUAAGUACCCUUAUUGAUUUGUAUAUAAGAAAAAUAUGUCUAACAUUCACCAUGCUAGAUGAAGUAACUGUUACGUAUGAUGUUAAUAAUUUCAAUCAAACGACAUGCAGAUUACAUGAUUUGUAGCUAUACUUUCUAUUUUUUAGUUUUUCAUUUUAUAAUUUUUUUUUCCUUAUCCUUUUUUGUAUUUUCAGUCAAAUUAAUCCACUAGAAACCAUUGAUAAUUUGCCUAAAAAAACACCAAUUUCCUACUAUUUA